AUGAACUAUUAUUACGCUCCAAGCGUCAGUCAACCAGACGAACACACUUUCCUUUGCGGCUACAAUAAGGUUCGCCGAUAUGGGACUACGCAGCCUCCUGUUGAUACAGUCCCUAAAAAGUACAUUACAUACACCGUGCAACCAAACGAUACCUUGCAAGGAAUAGCUCUGAAAAAUGAUUGCACAAUUUCGUCGAUCGUGAGAGCAAAUAAACUUUGGUCAAUGGAUGCUUUACACUUAAAAACAUCCAUCCGUAUCCCGAUAGAGUGUGGUAGCUACAAGCAAUGUAGUGGAACUGAGCGGCAAAGUUUAACUAGCAAAGCACAGAUAGUCCCAGAAAGAAACGAGGGAUCUGCGCAAGAAAGCGUAAUGGAUAUUCUGAGUAGGAUUGAUGCAACAAUAAGAAAUACUAGUUCGAAUGUGCGGAAGCUUGAACAACAGUCAACACUGGAUGAAAUUGAUUAUCCUCGUGUUGAGAGUCGCCAACAGAGGCAAAGGAGGCAAAUUUCACUUCCAAAGGUCUUACAAAGUGAUUUCUAUAAUGAACUGUCUUGA